AAAUUCUAUUGCUAAAUGUAUUUACCAUUGAUAGUAUUCAUCAGUUUUCUAUCUUUCCUAUUCUAGCAAUCUUCAAGUGAAUCCGUUCAGGAGCAUUCUUCUGCAACGAGACAACAGGGCAGAAAUUGCUACGCUACUGGUAGUUACCGCGUUACUACAAGCAUUUCAGUUAUCAGUUAUCUUAUUAUCUGGUCAUCGUCGUAUGGCUCCAUGUGCACUUCGCAUAAUCGCAAUCGUAGGAAAUCUCAUCUACCAUACCUUCGUCGACGGCCAAGGUGAUCGGAUACGGUCUUUGUUUUCAUCAACAUUUUAUAAUCGUAGCGAUGCCAAGAAAUUCAUGUUCUAUUGA